ACCGAUGCUUCCCUCCCAACGCAGCCAACGGGAGGUCGGGAGCUAGCCAGAGUGGAGGACGAGGAAGUGGUGGGCUCCGUCUGACCCAGGAACCAUUUCCCCGCAUUUGACCACAUGAUCGCAUCAACUCCCAUCAUCUCCGGGCUCAACUCCCCUGACUUCAGAGAAUCCCGAUCCGUUGAGCAGCCGAUCUUUUCGUCGGGCUCCGACGUUCAGUUGCAGCAGCGCGAUCCAGAAAGAGGCGGCGGCGCUGGCCACGACCCCUGCAGCGAUGGUGGUGGACAGCACGUACUACGACGUGUUGGGGGUCAGCACCGACGCCUCCGCGUCAGAGAUCAAGAAGGCGUAUUACCUCAAGGCCAAGUUGGUGCACCCUGACAAGAACCCCGGUAAUCCUGAUGCCGAGCAGAAGUUCAAGGAACUGGGUGAGGCCUAUCAAGUACUCAGUGAUCCUGUAAGAAAGGAGUCUUAUGAUAAGCAUGGGAAAGAAGGUCUUCCGCAGGAUAACAUGAUCGAUCCAACUGCUGUCUUUGGCAUGCUUUUUGGGAGCGACUAUUUUGAAGAUUAUGUCGGCCAGCUUGCACUGGCAUCUGUGGCAUCAGUAGAGACUGAGGAAGAAUCCGAUACUACAGAGGCAAGGGCAAGGAUCCAAGACAAGAUAAAAGAGUUGCAAACUGAAAGAGAGCAAAAGCUUAUUCAAAGCCUUAAGGAUAGACUUCAACCAUAUGUUGAUGGAAAACAUGAUGAAUUUGGAGAUUGGGCAGGUGCUGAAGCCCAGCGUCUGUCCCAAGCUGCUUUUGGAGAGGCUAUGCUUCACACUAUUGGCUACAUUUAUGCUCGUCAAGCGGCAAGAGAACUUGGAAAAAGCAGAAUGUAUAUGGGUGUGCCGUUCAUAGCUGAGUGGGUGAGAGACAAGGGCCACCACGUAAAGUCACAGGUUAAUGCAGCUGCAGGUGCAAUUUCUCUGAUACAGCUACAAGAGGGGAUAAAAAAGAUUGAGGGGGGCGACGACAAGGAAGAGCACUUUAUGAAGAGUAUUGAGGAGAAAAAGGAUGCAAUGUUGAAUUCUUUGUGGAAAAUUAAUGUGGUCGAUAUUGAAUCAACGCUUUCUCGUGUUUGUCAAGCAGUUUUGAAAGAGAAUACUGUUCCCAAAGAUGUUCUGAAGGUGCGAGCUAAAGGACUGAAAAAGCUAGGGACAAUAUUCCAAGGUGCGAAAUCACACUGCCGGCGCGAAAACAGCCUGCGUGUUGAGGCCGGCACUGCAGAAGCCACCACGUCGGUCUAAUCAGAUCAUCAGAACCAGCAUCUGCCACCGCUCCGCCGAGGCUUCAUUUUGUGAUUAACUGCAAGGUGUGUUACUUUCCAUACGUACCAUGGGGAGGCAUCUGGCAUUGGUUGUGUUCAGAAGGGGCUUUUAUAUCAUUUUAAGAAUCUUGACCUAUCAAGAAUUUUAAUUUUAGUAUAAAAUUUUAUUAACGAUAUCUUGAGAGAUAUUUUUAAGAACGGUAAAAAAAAUAUUACUAAUGUCGAACGAUCUGGUUAGUGACCGAUGUGUUGGUCCAUAUCCUCUACAGUUUCAUCAAUAUUUUUGGAUGUUUUGGAGGCAAUUUUGGAUGUUAGCGAAAACACAAUCGGUUUUU